CGAUAUUCUUAUCUCAAGGAGAAAGGAAGAAGCUAUGGAAGUCCCCAUGGUGGCGGGCGAUGGAGAAUGCCGUGACGAAGAGGCGGCGAUGCACCUGAAACUGGUUGCGAUCGCCGCGAUCCUCGUCGCCAGCAUCGCCGGCGUGGCGAUUCCGCUCGCCGGGAGACGACAGCGGUUCCUCCGCUCCGACGGUGGGGGGUUCGCCUUCGUCGAGGCCUUUGGAGCGGGCGUGAUCCUGGCGACGGGCUUCGUCCACAUGCUCCCCGAGGCGGAGGAGUCGCUGGCGGACGCCGCCAUGCCAGCGCGGGCGUGGACUGAGUUCCCAUUCGCGGGCUUUGCGGCGAUGGUCGCCGCCCUCGGGACGCUCGCGCUGGACUUCAUCGGAACGACGUUCUACGAGCGGAAGCACGGGGCGGAGAAGGGGAAGCAGAAAGCGGAGAGGGUUGGAGUCUGGUCACCCUCACCAGGGAGCGACGAGUUUAACGACGACGCGAUGCACAUCAUCGGGGUGCACGCACACGCCGCGGCGCAUGGGGAGGUGGAUGGCGGAGGGGUAUCUUCGCACGUGCGGCACGUCGUCGUAUCUCAGAUACUGGAGCUUGGGAUUGUCUCGCACUCAGUGACCAUAGGCUUAUCCUUGGGAGUAUCACAAAACCCAUGCACUAUUAGGCCCCUAAUAGCUGCCUUGUCCUUCCACCAGUUCUUCGAGGGAUUUGCGCUGGGAGCAUACAUCUCUCAGGCUCGUUUUAGCAGUCUCAAGGAAGCGGUGAUGGCGUGCUUCUUUGCCUUGACAACACCUGGAGGGAUCGGCCUGGGGCUCUCAGCGGCAUCAUUUUACGAUCCUGACAGCCCGACAGCCAUGGCGGCGGAGGGCCUUCUGGACUCGAUCUCCGCAGGCAUCCUGAUCUACAUGGCGCUGGUGGAUUUGGUCGCUGCCGACUUCCUCGACCGCCUCAAGAACGGCAGCACAUCCCUCCGGGUUGGUUCCUACAUCGCCCUCUUCUUGGGUGCCGGACUCAUGUCUCUCUUGGCCUUACGGGCAUGAAGGAUACGCGAUGCUGCGGUUUUUGAAAGACCCAGGCCUAAAAUUUCCCUUCUGGGCCGGAUCAUGGCUUCCAGCAUUUGGUCGAACAGAUUUGCUUUUUUUUUUUUUCCUCUAGUAAUAAAAGCAGGGUGGUAGAUCCUCCCGUUCGAUCAAAGAAAAAAAAAUGCUGCGGUUUUUGGAGGGGAGAACUAAAAACUGCUGUUAUAUGCAUGGCAUGCUAGCUUAGCUAUGGAUCGCUAUCGAAUAUGUAUUUCGCUAAAUGAUUACAGUGUUAAUUUAUUUUUAAAUAUUGGGUUCAGUUAUAUAA